CAUUUUCCAAAAAUAUCCAAAUGGUUUUGAAAAAAUUAUGAGAAAUUAUAUAUUACUAGAUUUCAUUUCCAUUUCUCUCAUGGUCGAAACUCAUACAGAUUCAGGCCAUCCAAACUGAGAAACUAUGACCCAGAUUGCCCCCAAUAUGGCUAAAAACAACUUUAGGCUCAGCCUCCAGCGUCGCUUUUUCCUUCUGCGACGGUGCUUUUCUUGUUCUUAUGACAGUUCUACACCGUCGGAGAUCCUUAACACCACGUCGCCGCCUGCGUGCCAUCAGAGCGGCAACGAAGAUCAUAAGGACUCGGAUUUGGUUCCGUUGAAGAUCAGCCUCUUGGGUGAUCCUCAGAUUGGAAAAACUAGUUUUCUGGCGAAAUAUAUUGGUGAUGAGAAAGAUGAACAAGAAGACAAUCACGAGAAAGGGUUGAAUUUGAUGGAUAAAACAUUUGUUGUAGAAGGAGCUAGAAUAUAUUACAGUAUCUGGGAAGUUGAUGGAGCUGAGAAAUCCCAGAACCACAUUCCCCUGGCCUGCCAAGAUUCUGUGGCAAUUCUUUUCAUGUUUGAUCUAACCAGCAGAUGUACUUUAAACAAUGUCAUAAGCUGGUAUCAAGAAGCAAGGAAAUGGAAUCAGACGGCAAUACUGAUUUUGAUAGGAACCAAAUUUGAUGAUUUCAUCCAACUCCCUAUUGAUUUGCAGUUCACAAUAGCCAGUCAAGCAAGAGCAUAUGCGAAGGCCAUAAAUGCUACACUAUUCUUUUCAAGUGCUGCAUACAACAUCAACGUGAACAAGAUCUUCAAAUUCGUUACGACCAAGCUCUUUGAUUUGCCAUGGACAAUUGAACGAAAUCUUACCAUCGGAGAACCCAUCAUUGAUUUCUAAUAUUUCUCUCUACAUACACAAGAACAAGCUGCCCAUAUUUACAAAAGAGAUUCCUCCUAAGCCAACCGCUCACCAGAUGUUUUUUUUUUUUUUUUAU